CUUGUUUUCUUCAUUUUUAUUGUAUUGUAUUACUUCUUAUCAUUUAAUAUUUACUACUUGAUUCCAGAGGUAUAGCUGAGGGGUGAAUUUCAGGUUUGGACCCACACUGAAAUAUUUAAUUGCAAUUAAAAAUACUUAUUUGCGGGUCGGCAACAUAACGUACAUACUGUGCAGUUAAUUAAACGUAUCCUGUGUGUGUGUGUGUGUGUGUGUGCGUGCGUGCGUGCACGCACACUCACACACACACAAGCACGUACGCACGCACACACACACUCAGCGUUCACAUUAUUAGGAGCAUCUGUACACCUCAUGUCAUGUGGCAGCAGCAAAAUGCAUAAACUCAUGCAGAUACAGGUCAUGAGCUUCAGUUAAUGUUCACAUCAGAAUGGGGAAAAGUAUAAUCUCUUUGACUUUAACCGUGCCUUGGUUGUUGGUGCCAGAUACAGCCUGUAGAUCUGGUUUUAUCAGGGAGGGGGGUAGUUUCCGACGUAGUACUAGCAAGUUAUUAUUAUUAUUAUUAUUAUUAUUAUUAUUAUUAUUUUAGCAUUUUCAGUGGGACUGUCAUGAAGAUAUUAUAUUUCCUUCUCUUAAUGUUAGUAUUAUGGUAUGAUUGAUUGAUUGGUAAAUCAUGCUUCCAUCCAAAAUGCACGAGCACGUCGCACUUACUGCACUUCUUAUUGUAGCCUACAGAUCACGUGAUGAUUUUAUUCCGCAUAUUUCCUCAUUUCCCCGAACUCAUCAGCAGUUUGAGUCACCACGCAUUUGACAAGUGGUCUACUAUCAAUAAAGUUUAUUAUUAUAGCCUAUGUUUUUUUUCAUAGGUCCAAAGGUGUGUUCAUUCUGAUAGGCUAACACAAUAUAGCCUAGCUGAGGUUAAAAUCCGUAGAGCAAACUUUUCAUUGGCCACACAAACAUGACAUCGAUACCGGACAGACUGUCUUCCUCGAUUCUGUAGCCCUUCCAGUUCGACAGCAUUUUGUCCAGUGAGUCAUGAACGUCGCAUUUACGCAACAUCUGUCGAGUACCGUCGCUGGGAACAUUGACAUGUUCCUCAUGUGUAGUCGUGUAGAGAACAUUUCAGUGUGUGAGUGAUGUUGGAUGAGGACGCGUACACCGUGGAGUGUCCAGUGUGUUAUGAGAGUUUUUCAGACGCGGCUCGCACGCUGAGUUGCGGUCACUCGUUUUGCCAUGACUGUCUGGUCGGGACCUUUAUGGGCUCAAGCAGGGACGGAGCUAUCACCAGAGACACCAUCGUCUGUCCCGUGUGUAGACAUGUCACUUUCGUUACCAAACUUCAGGGACUUGGCGGAGAUAAGGAAAAACACGCGAAGGUGUUGGAGGUGCCGCUUCGGUUCACUGGGCGCUCCGUGUCUGCUCCGAGGUCCUACGGUAGCCGCUACCGGCGGCUGGGACGCUGUUUGAGAUGGAUUCCGUCCAGAAUGAGCCGCCAGAGACUGGUGUAUCCUAAAGACUCCUCGCAGGUAUUCAUCAUCAGCGAUCUGGGACGCCCUUUGGCUGAGGAAGAUAUUACUGAUGUUGGGAUAAGUGCAGUGAUUCGUGAGAACAGCACUGAUCAUGGCUGUACACUGUGCACAACAUCACACUGCCUGCUGUUUCUUUUAAUCAUUUUCACUGUACUGGCUUUGAUAGCCGCAACACUGCCUUGGGUUUUUCUAGCAUAAGUAUUAUUGUCUUUUGGAGACUUUAUUGUCUUGUGAUGGCAUGUAUGCUAUGAGAGCGGAUGUGUGAACCUUUCAGUACAUUUCAUUGCAUUGUAUUUCGUACUGGUAUCCCUAAAACGGGACAAAAUGGGCUGCUUUGUUGCCAAAGAACUGUUGAUCCCAUAGCUGAUAAAACACACCGAGUUGUGCUGAAUUGUACCCCGAGCACCUCUGCUUCUAAAUUAUUCAUAUGAAAAAGGAUCAAGGCGAGCAAAAGAAGACAAGCCUGACAGGCAGGUUGUUGCUUUGUAAGGGGAGAUGUUUAUUGGAUAAAGUUUCAUCUUUUUUAAAUGUAGGGAGGUGUAGGUGUGCUUUGAUACCGCCCGCAUACCUUCUUCUUCUUUUUUUUUUUUUUACUUUUUAGACACACCUUUGUUCUUCAAGCACUUCUUGUCACACAGGUUAGAAAAUGACAUUUCUUUUCCUUCAUGACUUGCACUGGACUCUUUCUGGUAUAUUGCUUUUUAUUUGAGAUCUCGGUAACAUUUACAAAUGCCCUUUAUAAGCAACAUAUAAUCUUUGACAAAACAGCAUGUAUAUUUGAAUAAAAAAAAAAAAACCCAGUCAGACCAGAAAUAUUACAAAUGUAGAGUUUAAUAUAGAUAUCUAUAUCUGACAUUCUGAUCAGGAUUGCGGUAGGCUUCACAGUACAGACUGUGUUGUUCCACUGAUAUGCUAAGCUGAGGGGAUAGGAGGGGGAGGGAGGGGAGUGACAUACAGGCAAAGUUUGUACAGAAGUUGUGAUUGCAGGGGAGAGGCUGUACAUCAAUGGACACUGUGCACUUAUACAUAAAUCCAUGACACAUCGUUAACCAGCUGUUCACACACUUGCUAUUUUUCACCCUCUCCCCAGUUUACGCAUAACAUUUAAGAGUCUUAAAAGAAAUCGAAGAAACAGGAAUCAUGAAUUAUCUGAACAAAGUGCAUGCAUUGCAUUGUCACAUCCACUUUCUGUAAUGUCAACCGACGGCUUUCGGGGGUACAAACAUAUAAUGGCUAUAUAUGUUAAGCAUGUCUGGCUCUUGUCUCUUGUGUUAUUUUUUUUAUUUUAUUUAAUUCACUGAAGUAUAUUAUAACUGAACUAAGGACCUGUGAAACAUGAAUGUGGUGAACCUAACCUUGCACAGCAGCACCUGAAUUCACAAAUAAGCUAUAUUCCUUAAUAAAGGAGGAGCGCAGAUAAAUUAAAUCAUAUUUUGUGGUUCAAUUGUGUAAAAAUGUCUGUAUUCCCUGUGGCCCUUGGUGGAUUCGAUCCAAACAAUUAUAGCAGCUGCAUGGAAAAAAAGGUCCAAGAAAAAUGAUAUUGCCUUGGGAACGGGUGCUAUGGACUGUAUGAUUCCAACAUACAGACAAGUGCAUUAGAAUCAAAAUCCUCUCCCUCAAUCCCCCAACAUUUACACAAGCUUUCAAAGUGACUGGCAAAAGCGGCAGA